CAACAAAUCGCUAACAUACGCCAUUCCUCUAAUCCUACACCUCAACCAUCAUCAACCUUCAAACACGCUCCCACACUUGCAUCACCCGAUUCACCCCAUCAAACCAAAUCAAAUCUUUUGCUUCCUGAAUUUCUCUCUCCUGCUUAAGAAUGGCGGUUCGGCCGACGGUGACCCGGUUUCCGAUGGACCCAGAUGAGCAAGAGUCGUCGGGUCUACCAUGGGGAGUGACGGUUUCACCAUUUUCCGGGAGAGACGAGAACGGAACCCCACCAGCGAUGGGAUCAGACGGCGAGAAUUUACCGAGGUGUGAGAAUUGUUGGGCUUACUUCAACUCUUAUUGCGAGCUUGAUCAAUGGGCUUGGACUUGCUCACUUUGUGGAACUCUUAACGGGCUUUCAUCCCACUCCAUUGCCAAAUACUCUAACCCUCAAUCCUGCCCUGAGAUGUCUUCGUCUUUCUUUGAUCUCGAAUUGCCUUUGGAAGGAUAUGAAGACGAAUCAAUGCAAGCUUGUCCAGUCUAUGUGGCGGCAGUUGACCUAUCAUCUUCAGAAGAGUUUCUGGACCUUAUUAAAAGUGCAUUACUGGCGGCUUUGGAAGCACUUCCUGCUGGAGCACUCUUCGGACUUGCUGUGUUCAGCGUCAAAUUAGGGUUGUAUGAUGUGCAAGGCCCCGUUCCAGUUGUGAAGAAUGUUUUCAUCCCGUCUGAUGCAGAUGGCUCUAUACAAAUAGAGCUUCAAGAUGUCAUGCCCUUGUUUUCCUUCUUAGCCCCAGUGGAGACCUGUAAAGAGCGGAUUGCAUCUGCCAUCGAAACUCUUAAACCAAUGACAUCAUGGGAAAGAUCAGCAGCUGCUAGUCAAUCUCUAGAUGGUGUCCUACUAGGUGGCCGAGGUUUUGGAUCAGCAAUGGAAGCCCUUUUCAGUUACCUUGGAUCAGAAUAUGGAACCACAUUUGCAUUAGCUAGGGUUUUUGCUUUCUUGUCUGGUGUUCCUGAUUUUGGAGCUGGGCAACUCGAUACAAGACGGUACGGGGAGCAAUAUGCUAGUAAAGGAGAAGAUGCUGACCGUGCUUUACUUCCCGAGCAGACCUCAUUUUACAAGGAACUGGCUGCUGUCGCUGUUCAAGCAGGUGUUUGUGUGGACUUAUUUGCUGUUACAAAUGAGUAUACUGAUUUGGCAUCCCUUAAGUUCCUCAGCAUUGAAAGUGGAGGGUCCCUGUUUCUGUAUCCAAGUACUGACGAUUCUACGCUUCCUCAGGACAUGUAUCGCAUGUUAAGUCGACCGUAUGCCUUCAAUUGUGUUUUACGAUUGAGAACGUCUUCUGAAUUCAAAAUUGGUCGCUCUUAUGGUCACUUUUUCCCUGAUCCAGAAUAUGAAAAUGUUCAGCACAUAAUCUGUUGUGAUUCUUAUGCAACCUAUGCAUAUGACUUCGAAUUUGCCAAAGUUGAAGGCUUCUCGAGACAUGCCUCAGAACCUCCUAUGCUACAAAUUGCUUUCCAGUACUCUGUGGUUGUACCACCUGAGGAGCUUUCAAGUUCAGGACUGAGUUCUGCAAGUAGGCCCAAAUUUUCAAUCAAACGGCGGUUAAGAAUUAGAACUUUGCAGUAUGGAGCUGCUCGUAACAUUAAUGAGCUUUAUGAUAGUGUUGACUCUGAGGUGGUUCUUUCCAUUCUGGUUCACAAGGUCAUUCAAGCUUCUCUGGAGCAUGGUGUUCGAGAGGGUAGGAUACUGCUACAUGAUUGGCUAGUUAUUCUGACAGCGCAGUACAAUGAUGCCCUUAAACUCGUCCAGUAUGGGAUUGGGACCUCUAGUUCUGUUCAACAGAUUGAUGUUUCCUUCGCACAAUGCCCUCAGUUGCAGCCUUUGCCUCGCUUGAUCUUUGCUUUGCUUAGAAGUCCUCUUCUUCGUCUGCAUGAGGAGGGGGUUCAUCCUGAUUACCGGAUAUCCUUGCAAUGUCUCUUCAGUGCGUUGGAACCGAGUUCUCUUCAUCGUGCUGUGUAUCCGGUGUUGACAUCAUAUACAACUCCAGAUAAACAGGCAUAUCCACGCCAUUCUCUAAGCCGUGCUGCGUUAAUAACCAGUGGCAGUCCAAUAUUUCUCCUGGAUGCAUUCACGACUCUGAUUGUGUUUUAUUCCUCAACUGCCGAUCCUGGAUUGCCUUUCCCACCACCUCAUGACUGCUUACUAAGGACAACUAUAAACAAAUUGAAACAAGAGAGAAGUAUCACACCGAAACUGUCAUUCAUAAGGGGAGGGAAGGAUGAUGCUACAGCUUUUGAGAAUUAUCUUAUUGAAGAACAAGAUGUUGAGGGGACUGGUUUCACUAGCGCAAUGGGAUUUGUUUCCUUUUUGGAGGAUAUAAAUCGCAGUGUGUUGGAGUAUAUGAAGUAGAUCAGAUAUGAAAAAUAGGCGUGCCACACUGUUUAUUUAUACUUGCAGAGAAUAGCACAUUUCUACCCUCAAGUCUGGAAAAACGGACUUCAAAGAGGGGAACACUGAUACGAUAAAAGUCAGUUAAGUUUGAAGCUUACUGUCCAAGUUCCAUGGAACUGUUUUUAUGUAGAGCUCAGUGCCUUAGCUGAAAGUUUUUUUUUUUAUAAAAGAUGAAUGCCGCAGUUGAAAGUUCUUUUAGAGCAUGAAGAAGAGUCAUAGUCAUUUUGUAAGGCGCCUCAACAGCUAGAUCAAUGAGAACAAUUCGAUAAAUUUUGAUUUUGA